AUGGCAGGCGGAGCCAAGAAGCCGGUCAACAUCUUCCGCUUGAAGAACCUGGGCGAGCCCAAGGAAGUUUUCAACUGGAAGCUAUGGUUUGCGGUUGUCUCUUUCGGAUUGAUGGGUGCUGCCCGUGGGAUCGAUGAGGGUCUUAUUUCCGGCGCCUUCAACUCUAAGGAUUUCCAGCGCUAUAUCAACUACAGUUCCUACAGCACCGUGGAGCAGACCAACAUCAAGGCCAAUGUUUCGGCCAUGGUGCAGAUUGGUUCCGUCGGUGGUGCUCUCUUUGCUUUCCUGGUUUGCGACCGCAUCGGUCGUAUCUGGGCUACUCGACAGCUUUGCCUCAUCUGGAUCAUUGGAGCUGCCAUCUUCAUGGGCAACAAUGGCAAUCUCGGUGCGGUCUAUGCCGGUCGAUUUAUUGCUGGUCUGGGUGUUGGACAGACCGUGGUCGUCGCCCCGAUCUAUCUGGCGGAAAUUGCCCCAGCAGCGAUUCGAGGUCUUUGCACUUGUGUCUUCACUGGUUUCGUAUAUCUCGGAAUUGUGCUUGCAUAUUUCGCCAACUAUGGAUGUCAAGUGCAUAUGGGCGAUAACACUCACAAGCGAUGGGAGGUUCCUACCAGUCUCCACGUCAUCUUCGCUGGAUUGAUCUUCUGUCUCUCUUUCUUCCAAUAUGAAUCCCCCCGGUAUCUGAUCAAGCGUGGUCAGUUCGAGAAGGCCAUCACCAACCUCUCCCGCAUUCGAAAUCUGCCAACCGACCAUGAGUACGUGGUUCGUGAGAUUACCGCGAUUCAAACAGCCCAUCAAAUCGAGAUGGAAGCGACUCUGGGUGCUGGUCCUCUGGGUAUUAUCAAGGAGACCUUCCUGAUUCCCUCUAACCUCUACCGUGUCUACCUGGCCCUGAUGGCGCAGAUUCUAUCGCAGUGGUCGGGUGCUGGAUCUAUCACCCUCUAUGCCCCUGAUCUGUUCAAACUGCUUGGCGUCACUGGUAGCAACGAGACCCUGUUGGUCACGGCUGUUUUUGGAAUCAUUAAACUGGUGGCAGCAGUGAUGUGUGCUCUCUUCCUGGUCGAUGUGAUCGGUCGUAAGCGUGCACUAUUGAUUGGAAUCACCUUGCAGGCUAUCGCUAUGUUCUACAUUGCUGGAUUCCUGACUGCCGUGCCUGAGAUGGGCGUGGUGAAGAAUUUCAAGCUUCCUGCAAGCAAGAAGGGCGCUAGUGAGGGCGCGAUCGCCAUGAUUUACCUGUCUGGCUUCGGUUGGGCCCUUGGCUGGAACUCGAUGCAAUACCUGCUGACGGCUGAAUUGUUCCCUCUGCGCAUCCGUGCCCUGGCCACUUCGAUGGCUAUGACCUUGCACUUCGCCAACCAGUAUGGCAACUCCCGUGCCGUCCCUAACAUGUUGCUCCCCGUUGCCGAGGGCGGUAUCAGCCCUAAGGGAACCUUCUGGCUCUUCGGUGCCAUCACCCUUAUCGGUGGUAUCUGGGUUUGGUUCACUAUCCCCGAGACUGCUGGUCGAUCUCUGGAGAGCAUGGACCGGUUGUUCGAGCUGCCUUGGUACCGCAUUGGCCGAUACGGUAACCAGGAUGCUGAGGAGCGUGAUCAGGUUGUUGACGAGAAGAUGGAGGCUAUGACUUCUCAGCAUGGCACUUCGCAGCAUGUGGAGCGAAAGGAUGCGUCGACCCAUGUUUGA